GGCGGAGGCAGGGGAGCCCCGCUGGGCGCCAGCAAGGACCUAAACGCAGCGACCCGGGUCCUCCCCGCCUACAUUCUCCAUCUUCUCCAUUCAUACGUCCAUCAGCGGAGGACUGAAGACCAGAGCGAAGGGAAAAGCCAGAGUGCAUGGUGUGUGGGAACUGCGUCCCACCCUCUCCCGGGAGAGGCUCCGGCGAGCCUUUCCCCUCCGGCGCCCGCCUCACGCGGCGGCGCCCACCGCCUCAGUGAAGCCCCGGGCGCGCAGUCUGCGCAGUUCCUGCCGCCGGGCCGCGAACCAGGGCCCGCAACGCGGCCCAGCCUUCUCCGCCCUCCUCGCCGUGACGAAUCGGCGCCCGACUGGGACGGGAUCCAAAUUGGAAGACUUCUGAGGAAACCCAGGAGCCUGACGAAAUUUUUUUUAAAAAUCCUUGGCGCCCUAAGCCUCGCCGCGUGCUCACUGGAAGGGCUGUUCGUCUGCCGGGAGCCGGCCGCGGCCGGCAGACAAUUCCCGGGAGCGUGUGGAAAGUGCGAGCGCGGAAGCUCCGGCGCGAGGGGCGGGGCGAGCGCGGGACAAAGGGAAGCGAAGCCGGAGCUGCGGGCGCCUGCUCGGCCCGCGGUGUCUCAGAUUCAUUCUUAAGGAACUGAGAACUUAAUCUUCCAAAAUGUCAAAAAGACCAUCUUAUGCCCCACCUCCCACCCCAGCUCCUGCAACACAAAUGCCCAGCACACCAGGGUUUGUGGGAUACAAUCCAUACAGUCAUCUCGCCUACAACAACUACAGGCUGGGAGGGAACCCGGGCACCAACAGCCGGGUCACGGCGUCCUCUGGCAUUACGAUUCCAAAGCCUCCAAAGCCACCAGAUAAGCCGCUGAUGCCCUACAUGAGGUACAGCAGAAAGGUCUGGGACCAAGUAAAGGCUUCCAACCCUGACCUAAAGUUGUGGGAGAUUGGCAAGAUUAUUGGUGGCAUGUGGCGAGAUCUCACUGAUGAAGAGAAGCAAGAAUAUUUAAACGAAUACGAAGCAGAAAAGAUAGAGUACAAUGAGUCUAUGAAGGCCUACCAUAAUUCCCCUGCGUACCUUGCCUAUAUUAAUGCAAAAAGUCGUGCGGAAGCUGCAUUAGAGGAAGAAAGUCGACAGAGACAGUCUCGCAUGGAGAAAGGAGAACCUUACAUGAGCAUUCAGCCUGCUGAGGAUCCAGACGACUAUGAUGAUGGCUUUUCAAUGAAGCACACAGCCACUGCCCGUUUCCAGAGAAACCACCGUCUCAUCAGUGAGAUCCUCAGUGAGAGUGUGGUACCUGAUGUGCGGUCGGUUGUCACAACAGCUAGAAUGCAGGUCCUCAAGCGACAGGUCCAGUCUUUAAUGGUUCAUCAGCGGAAACUAGAAGCCGAGCUCCUUCAGAUAGAGGAACGACACCAGGAAAAGAAGAGGAAAUUCCUGGAAAGCACGGACUCCUUUAACAAUGAACUUAAAAGGUUAUGUGGUCUGAAGGUGGAAGUAGACAUGGAGAAGAUUGCGGCUGAGAUCGCACAGGCGGAGGAACAAGCCCGCAAGAGGCAAGAGGAGAGGGAGAAGGAGGCAGCAGAGCAGGCUGAGCGCAGUCAGAGCAGCAUGGCCCCUGAGGAAGAGCAAGUGGCGAACAAAGCCGAGGAGAAGAAAGAUGAGGAGAGCAUCCCGAUGGAGACAGAGGAGACACACCUUGAAGACACAGCAGAGAGCCAGCAGAAUGGUGAAGAAGGCACGUCUACUCCUGAGGACAAGGAGAGUGGGCAGGAGGGGGUUGACAGCAUGGAGGUGGAAGGGACCAGUGACAGUAACACGGGCUCAGAGAGCAACAGCGCCACAGUGGAGGAGCCGCCCACAGACCCAGUGCCAGAAGACGAGAAGAAGGAGUAAAUGUUGCCUUGUUUUAUGUGACCUAAAACUUUUUUAAAUGAAAAAAAAAUGUGGUUUUUUUUUUGGUUUUAAUGGUGUUAUGUGGUCUGUGUAUUAAUUAUUUACUUUUCCGUUGAUACAACAUGAAGGUCUUUGAACCCUCAGCAUCAUAGCCUAAUGCCAGCCGCUCACCUUUCUUAGCUCUCAACGUCUGAAACCUCAGAGCUGAGAUUAAUCAAGACACCCAUCAUUCUCUGAGAACUACCUUGGCUGCUGCAGAAUCGACUCUUCCAAAUACCUGCCUUCAGCUCACGUGGUGCUCACCAAAGCCAUAGCUUUAAACCCUUCCAGCCCAUCCACAGCUUUCCCAGUCCCUGUCUUGUGUACUUACACAGAGUGCCCUCUUGAAAUCAUGAGGGGGUCUCUUCACUCACCCUUUCUAUGUCCCAUGUCAGACACCAGGAGUUCUCUUACAGGGUAGGGUGUAGCCAGAAACUGGUGAGACACAGAUCACAGAGAUGCCUCUGGGGGCACUGGGGGUGGGGGAGCAGGGGGAGUACAGUUGUUCUUUCUGUGGAUUCCUUGUUGGUGAGAGCUGCGCCUGCUUAUCUAGAGUGCUGUUCAGUGUAGUCGAUCUGGGAUGUGUUCUGGGAAAUUCAUCCUUUUUGUACAGGGGAAAGAAACACUUUUUUUUACCAGAUUGGCUUUCCAAAGACACGAUAGAUGGCAGAGCUUAAGGAAUGGAAUGUUCUUAUAAUGGACUACAGACUUCAAAGUGAUUGGCCCAUUCCAAAAGGAAAAUGGGAAUGCUGUUCAUCCAUGUGAGCAUACUUCACAGUGAUGAAAACCUCAAGACUCGAGAUCCCAUAGAUCAGAGCCGAACCUACUUUUUUGAUAACCCCUGUAGUGGUCUUAGAGACUAGAAACAAGAUAGUUUGUAGUGUGUGCUCCCUAAAAUCUAGAAUAGAUUUUUACUGAAUAGUGGUAUAUAUGAUGGUAUAUGUUUCUUAAAGGUCCAAACAUAAUAAAGAAAUUAAGACAAA